GUCAGUCACUCGGCGCAACACGCGUCGUCGUCCUCGUCUUACCGCCUGACAACCAACACAUACUGACUGACGUCGACCUCUCGCUGCCAACGCAUUGAUUGUACGUGAACCAGUCGUAUUCGCCCGCUGACAGAAAUACCGGGGAGGCGGUAGUGCUCAGAAGGCAAAUCAGCCGAAGGAAGUCGAAGAAAACGCAGCUACAGACUUCGCGGCGACAGCUGUAACGAGGCACCGAGGAUGGGUCAGGCUCCCAGCGGUGGUGCCGGGCGGCAUAAUAAUGACAAGAAGAAGAAAGAUCAGCAGAAGAAGUGGGAGCCGCCGCUGCCAACACGGGUAGGCAAGAAAAAGAAACGCGGGCCGGACGCAGCCACCAAGCUGCCACCGGUAUACCCCAACACGCGAUGCCGUUUGAAGCUGCUAAAGAUGGAGCGCAUCAAGGAUCACCUGCUGCUGGAGGAGGAAUUUGUGCAGAACCAGGAACGCCUCAAGCCCAAGGAGGACAAGGAUGCGGAGGAGCGGACGCGCGUGGAUGAUCUGCGUGGCAGCCCGAUGCAGGUCGGCUCGCUCGAGGAGAUCAUCGACGAUGAACAUGCCAUCAUUAGCAGCGCCACAGGGCCAGAGUACUAUGUCAGCAUCAUGAGCUUCGUCGACAAGGACCUGCUUGAACCGGGCUGCAGCGUCUUGCUUCAUCAUAAGACCAUGGCUGUCAUCGGCGUGCUGCAAGACGACGCCGAUCCCAUGGUCAGCGUCAUGAAGCUCGACAAGGCGCCGACGGAGACCUACGCAGAUGUCGGUGGUCUCGAGCAGCAGAUCCAGGAGAUCAAAGAGUCUGUCGAACUGCCCCUUACUCAUCCAGAACUGUACGAGGAAAUGGGAAUCCGGCCACCCAAAGGUGUCAUUCUCUAUGGUGUGCCCGGAACAGGCAAGACGCUGCUAGCCAAAGCAGUCGCCAACCAAACCUCCGCCACCUUCCUUCGCAUCGUCGGUUCCGAGUUAAUUCAAAAGUACCUCGGAGACGGACCCAAACUGGUCCGCGAACUGUUCCGCGUCGCCGACGAGCACGCGCCAUCGAUCGUGUUCAUCGACGAGAUUGAUGCUGUCGGCACAAAACGGUACGAUAGCAACAGUGGUGGAGAGCGUGAGAUCCAAAGGACGCUGCUCGAGCUGCUCAACCAGCUCGAUGGAUUCGACACACGGCAUGAUGUCAAGGUCAUCAUGGCAACAAAUAAGAUCGAGUCGCUCGAUCCAGCGCUCAUCCGACCGGGGCGUAUCGACAGAAAGAUUGAGUUCCCGCUGCCAGAUCAGAAGACAAAAAUGCACAUCUUCAAGCUGCACACAAGUCGCAUGAACCUAGAUCCGGACGUCAACCUCGAAGAGUUUGUGGCCAUGAAGGACGACUUAUCGGGCGCAGACAUCAAGUCGCUCGUCACGGAAGCUGGUCUUCUUGCGCUGCGAGAAAGGCGGAUGCGCGUCACCAAGAAGGACUUCACCUCCGCGCGCGAGCGUGUAAUCGAUCGCAAGCAGGAAGGCACACCCGAAGGCCUGUAUUUGUAGACAACAGACAGAAAUAGUCAUCUGCUCGCAUCCGGCUUAUUU